CGCCCCCGCGCGCUGCGGGCCAGGGGCUCCGAGAGGGGAGCCCAGAGGGACGCGCAGAGCGUGCGCCCCCAGGCCCGGGUCCCAGGGAGCGCGGGGCUCGCGGAGUUCCGUCACCUGGGGGCACAGGGUCGGGGCGGGUGUCGGUGCAGGGGCCCAGGAGGUCCCAACAUUCCGCCGUGGGCGGAAACCUUUCCCGGAGCCUCUCCCCAGCCAUGGACAGCCCCAGUUUUCGAGAGCUCCAACAGCCUCUGCUGGCGGGGGUGGACUGUGGGCCCGCCAUCCAGAAGCCUCCUGAACCCCAGCUGGGGCCUCCCUUCGGAGAGACAGCCUUUGCAGAGUCCCUGAGGGGUUGGCAGUUCCUCCCACCACCUCUUCCCUCUGUGAGCGCUGGCCUUGGGGAGCCAGGGCCCCCUGACCUUGAGGAUGCAUCAUCCAGUGACAGCGACUCGGACUGGGAUGGGGGCAGCCUUCUCUCCCCGCUCCUCCCCCACGACCACCUCGGCUUGGCCGUCUUCUCCACGCUCUGCUGUUUCUGGCCUGUGGGCAUCGCUGCCUUCUGCCUGGCCCAGAAGACCAACAAGGCUUGGGCCAAGGGGGACGUCCAGGGGGCAGGGGCUGCCUCCCGCCGCGCCUUCCUGCUGGGGGUCCUCGCCGUCGGGCUGGGCGUGUGCACGUACGCGGCCGCCCUGGUGACCCUGGCCGCCUACCUGGCCUCCCGAGAGCCGCCCUAGCUGCCCCCGCAGCCCGGCUGAGUCAGGGGCCCACACCGCCUCCUCCGGGCCGCGCAACGAGAUUAAACUCCAGACGCUCGAGCAGCCAAA